ACCAAAUUCCUUUUUGAGGUGGAUUUUCUCUUUCAGGCGCAGGAUGAUGACGUACUCCAGCCAGAAGUCGCUGCUACGGCAACACGCCAGCCCGUUUCCUCCCGCUGUGGUCCCAGAUGCGUGUGAUGCGUUAACCGCCUGUUCCCGUCGCAGCCUUCACGUGAACCUCACGAUGUCUUGGAUUAAAGCAGUUUCCCACAGCGAAGACGUCUUCGACGAGUACGCGGACGACCUCAGCUUACAGAGCAAAGAGUGGGCUUCCAACAUGAAGAAGAGAGUCCGGGACGGUUACGUCGACGGGGUCGAUGCCGGAGAGGACGCCUCGCUCCAGGCCGGUUUCGACCUGGGUUUCAGGGAAGGAGCCGCCCGGACCGUGGCCCUGGGACGGCUCAAAGGAAUCGUGGGGGCCAUACAUUGCUGGUGCCAGAUUGAACAUCCGGAAAGGCCCGUGCCGGCCUCCGUGACCGACCUACUGCAGCGGGUGUCCCAGCACGAAGACGAGGUCAUGGACGGCAUCCGGAGGGCCUUGGAGAAUCCUCCUCCCAGCGUGAGCUCCGUCUCUGAGAGCAUUGAGGAUCUGAAGGUGGAGCAAGCGGAUUCCGGAGGAUGUGGAAAUGAAGGGUGUAAAGAAAUGGACUGCUGCAAGAAGGGGGAAAAGAAGGACCCGGACCUGCCUCGUUCUGGGUCCACUGACUGCACCUCGUGCUCAGGUGAAAGCCUGAACUGCCUCCGGCUGCGCUGCUUGGAUCUGGUGUCGGAGCUGGAACUGCCACAGGAGCUGAUCGCUCACAUACAGGAGCUGAAGGACGUGUAGCGAUUGAAUACUCUGAUGAGCUCAUGAACUGUGAAACACAACAGGGUUUUUAGGGUGAACUUUUUAUCGCACAGCAACAGAGUGCUUUUGAUGUAUAUAAUGUAAAAUGGAACUUGAGCUUUCACAAUGUUUAAAGUGGAGGAAGAUUUCAUGAAAAUAAAAAUGGACUUGCUAUCCUCUA